AUGAAUUUCCAAACUAGAGCACCACCAAAGGCCCAAGAAGAACCAUCAACGUAUCAGAAAAUUAGAAACUCACCUGGUUUUACUGUCGGUGUACAAGUUGCAUUGUUUGGAUUAGGCGUUGCCUUUAUUCAAUCACCAUUGAUGGAGAUUGACGCUACUGGAGAAACAAAGAGCAUUAUGUCUGCCAGUAAAUGCAAAGGUGAAUUAGAUGGCAACGGCGAAGGUCACCUGAAACCCCCAUACAAUAUAAUUCUGGUGCCAUACACUGCAUCAAUUUCUGUUGUGCUGACGGCUGAUGUGGAAUUACAAUGA